AAAUAGCAAUUGAAAUGAAAGAAAAAAAAAAAAAAACUUGAUUAGCCUAAAUUAAGACCAGAGAAAAGGUCUCUUUUUCUUUUAACUGUCUGGAAAUCAGAAAACCGAGUCCAUGGCCGCAACAACCUCAUUCAAAAAAAAAAAAAAAAGCAUCAUCUUCAACAUGGUUAAAAACCCUAGUGUAACUCGUUCAACUCCAUUUAUUUGCAAAAAGAGGGUUUUAUUUUUCCAAGGUUGUAACAAGAAAGAAAGAGAGAAAAAAUAUGUCAAUGAAACAAAUCAUGGUGAUAGCAGUGGACGAUAGUGCGCCUAGUAUGUACGCACUGGAAUGGACACUGGAUCAUUUCUUUACACCAUUCGGAUCCCUCCAACCUUUUCAACUCAUUGCUGUUCAUGCCCGACCCGUACCCAUUUCCGUUAUCCAACUUGCUGGUCCAGCAACUGCGGAGAUUAUACCCAUGAUGGAGAUCGAUUUAAAGAAGGCAGCCGGAAGGAUCACAGACAAAGUCAAGGAAUUAUGCAAGAAAAAAUCAGUGAAUGAAGUGAAUGUGGAAGUAAUGGAAGGUGAUCCAAGGGAUGUGUUAUGUGAAGCUGUUGACAAGCACCAUGCAACUAUACUGGUACUAGGAAGCCACGGUUAUGGCAUUGUGAAGAGGGCUGUUUUGGGAAGCGUAAGUGAUUACUGUGCUCACCAUGCUCAUUGUUCUGUAAUGAUUGUGAAGAAGCCUAAGAACAAGGAGUGAUCAGCUGGUUUUUGUCAUUAGUAUAAGGCCAGUGAUUUUGAUGUGGGUUUUACACCUUUUUUUAUAUUUUCAUUUUAGAUUUUGGAACAUUGUUCAAAAUAAUUAUUUAUUAUUAUUUACUUUUUUAAGUAAUAUAACAAUUUUAUGAAUUUACGAAA